AUGGCAGGUUUUCGCUACCACAUGCACAUUGUGGACGGUGGCGACCCGACCAGCACCGUCACCGCGGCCACCUUGUUCGCACACCUCACACUUCGCUGUGGACAGCUGCGCAACUAUCUGUUGCUCAGUGCCAGCACAACGGACGCCAAGCGGCAGCGAGAGGCGCCUCGGUCAAGCCUUAGUGGGACACGAAAGGUGCAGCUGGCGGCAGCAGAGCCGUCGUCGGGGGGAAGCCAGGAUGACAAGGUCCUGCUUGCCGCGGAGUCGCUUCUUCGUGGGGAUGAAAACCUUCGUGCGAGUUUGGGCACCGGCGCGGACGCGAGUGGGCCGGUGGCCGAGGUAAAGGAUCGCAUUAUCCCAUACACAGGCUUUAGCUGCGGGUUUGUUCAGUCCGAGGUCUUCCUCGCCCGCUCUGGGGUACGCUACUUUGACUUUAUUGCCACCGCCGAUAUUGCAAGCUUUAACUACGUGCUGAACUACUACCAGGGGCUGCGCAUGCAGGAGAAGGCGGGCCAAGGAACACGCAAUGGGGCUGCGCCGCGUGUGGGGUGGGGAUCUUGCCCGCAGGAGCAGCAGCCACGGCGCCAGAAGGUGGGUCUCGUGCACAUUCUGUGCGGCGAGCCGGCGCGGGCGGGGCACUUGCUGCAGCGCUUUAUAGAGCUGCUGCUGGAGGUGGACACUGCACCGCGCGAGGGGGCGGCGGGGAAUGACGCAACCUUUGCGUGGAUCAGCCGCGCUGACGGCGUCAUCUCGCGGAUGUAUCAACUGCUCGGCGUCGAUGUCCUCUUCGCGGUGCUAUGA